UUUCAAUUUUAUUCUUAACACAUUCCAUACUUCUCUUUGUCCACUAGCAAAACAUUAGAGACAAUAUGGCACCUUUAGGAGACAAUAAAGACAAUAAUGUUGUUGUUUCAAACUUGAAGCUUGAAAGAAUGCUUAGUAUGAAGGGAGGCAAAGGAGAAGCUAGCUAUGUCAAUAACUCUCAAGCUCAGGCGCAACAUGCACGAUCAAUGCUGCACCUAUUGAAAGAUACCCUUGACGGAGUUCAGCUAAAUUCGCCGGAGAUUCCAUUCGUAAUCGCCGAUUUAGGCUGUUCCUGCGGUAGCAACACGAUUUUCAUUAUCGACGUAAUCGUCAAACAUAUGAGCAAGCGUUACGAAGCCGUCGGCCAAGAGCCGCCGGAGUUUUCAGCUUUCUUCUCCGAUCUCCCGUCGAACGAUUUCAACACUCUUUUUCAAUUGCUGCCGCCUUUGGCUAAUAAUGGUUGUGGAAGUAUGGAGGAGUGCUUAGCUUCUAAUAGCCACCGGUCGUAUUUCGCGGCCGGCGUUCCUGGUUCCUUUUACCGGCGUCUUUUUCCGGCCAGAUCUAUUGACAUUUUCUAUUCUGCUUUUUCUUUGCAUUGGCUCUCUCAGGUGCCGGAUAUAGUGUUGGACAAGAGAUCAGCAGCGUACAACAAAGGGAAAAUAUACAUACAUGGAGCAAAUGAGAGCACAGCAAAUGCAUACAAAAAACAAUUUCAGACAGAUUUGGCUUAUUUCUUGGGAUGUAGGUCCAAAGAAAUGAAGAGAGGUGGUUCUAUGUUUUUAGCUUGUUUGGGUAGGACUUCUGUGGAUCCUACUGACCAAGGUGGGGCUGGACUUCUCUUUGGGACACACUUUCAAGAUGCUUGGGAUGAUCUUGUCCAAGAGGGCCUAAUUACUAGUGAUAAAAGGGACAAGUUCAAUAUUCCAGUGUAUGCACCAAGCAUUCAAGAUUUCAAAGAAGUGGUAGAAGCCAAUGGUUCAUUCAAAAUUAACAAUCUUCAAGUUUUUAGGGGAGGAAGUCCCUUGGUGGUUAGCCAUCCGGACGACGCGGCUGAAAUUGGACGAGCACUAGCUAAUAGCUGCAGGAGCGUUAGCGGGGUGCUCGUCGAUGCCCACAUUGGCGAACAACUCAGUGAUGAGCUGUUCGCCCGAGUGGAGGAUCGAGCCACGUGUCAUGCUAAAGAGCUUCUUCAGAAUCUUCAGUUUUUUCAUAUUGUUGCUUCACUUUCUCUUGUGUAGAAACUAAAUGUUUAAUUAGAAUUUCAAAAGAGAGACAAAGGGGCUCUAGUGAAAGUCUAUAUGUCUCUCCCUAUUAGAAUGAAUGAAAUAUUGUUAGAGAAAUUAAGACUGACUUGUAGUUUGGUUUAGCUGAUAACAUUGUGUGGUCGAGCCGCGGCAACUGUUUAUAGCCUCCACUCCCAACCUAGAGUAGAAAGGCUUUCAGUAGCGCCCUUAGAUUCUAAGUCUUUUGAAGCGCCAGUAGUUUUUACACAUGCGUCGUUAACACUGUAAUCGUUGAUGUUGUUGAUGCUCUAUCAGAAAGAGAGGCCUGAUGUUAUAUGAGCCCCUAACAAGGAACCGUAGGCAUAGAGUUAUUGGGUCAUAACUCUUCUACUCGUCGCUUUGGUAGGCGGUUGCAGUAGUUAGAACCUCUUUGCAGUUCUCGAUUCUAUCUCCGCAACUCUAAUUAUAACAUGAUCUGAAAAAACUGUUCAGUAAGGAAAGAUCAUAUCCGCGUAGGGCAGCUAGGGCUGGAGCAGCAAUCUUGUCGGAAAAUUAAACGUUCAAAUUUGUGAUCUAAACAAAUCUCAGGCAUUCGUCAUUUGUUUAAUUUUUUGAUCUAUAUAUGAAAAUCUCAACAUUGUUAA